AUGAGCGCGUCCAUCUCGACGUCCGCGUUCUCCUUCUCGCCGCCGCCGCCGGCGAGCGGCUUGCGCCGGCGCCGGCGGCCGGACGCCGCCGCCGGCGCAGGUGCGGGCGGAGUCGCGCGCCCCGUCUCGUUGUCGGGCGACUCCUCGCCGCCGGCGGCGUCGGGUGCGGCGACGUCGGCCUGCGAGUCGCGAGGGCGGCCUGCACCGGCGGCGGUCCGCAACGUCUCGCGGCGCGCCGCCAGCCACGCCGUGAACUCAUGGGCGAUGUCGCUGUCGUCGGGCGGCUGGUACAAGCUCGGCUGGAUGUGGUCCAUGAAGGCCUCCAUCUCGGCCGCGGUCACGUCGUCGGGCGCGUCGACGGGCUGCAAGGCCGUGGACCGCACGGCGGGGCGGCUGCGCCAGGACUGGCGCGUCGCUGACGACGAGCCGAAGCAAAAAGGGCUGCACGACGGCAAGCCCGGCUGCAUUCUCGCGCCGGGACGGCGAUCCUGGAAGCGAGCGACGGAGAAGCGGGGCUGUCGACGCAUGGCAGCGGCAGCGAUCGUCGGCUGGUGGGCCUCCCGCGCGAACACCUCGGCGACCGAGGACGGCGCGGCCGCCGCGGCGGCUGCGGCGGAGAGCUCAUACGCCUACGAGGUGCCGGGCCGGCCUGGUGCCGCCGCAGCAUUCUACCCUCAGUGCUCCGGCUGCUUCAGCGACUGCACCGCCAAGACGCUGAACGACGAGGUCGUGCAGCUGGGGUGCUGGGACAUCUGCUGCGUCGAGCGCGCGGCCUCGGGCCUCGAGGCUUCGGGGCUCGGGCUCGGCGUCAACGCACUCACAGGCAGCAUAGGGCUGGCGGGCGCAGCGUCCACGACGCUGCUUCCGGGCGCAGCGCUAGUGAACGGGCUCGCCCAGGCGGGAGGACCGCUCGCGCAGAUGAACCCGCUCGCACGGCCGUGCCCCGGAUUCGAGGCCACGUCCCGCUCCUGCCAGAGCGCCUGCAUCUCUUCCUACAUGGCGGUCGCCUGGAACGGCUGCUGGGACCACUGCUGCACCGCUCCGCCGUCGCCGCCGCAGCCGCCGUCGCCGCCGCCGGCGGCGCCGCCGCCUCCGCCAACGCCUCCUCCGCCGCCCUCCCAGCCGUGGCCGCCCUUUGCACCCGCCAUUGACCUCGCGGACGUGCAGUGGGCCGUCUCCUCCGGCUUCAGCUCGGCGAGCAGCCUCGUCAACAGCAGCACCAACAUCGGGUUCGGGGCUUGGCGAGGCUGCCAUCGGCACGCUCUCAAACUACGACUGGAG